CAAGUUCAGUGUCUCGUUGAGAGUGGCCGCGACUGUUGCUCGCGACCAGCAUUGCGCGCGCGCGUCAUCCCGAGGACUGUGCCCGCCUGUGAUACACGAACAGUGAAAUUCAUGAACUUGGUGUUGAAUUUGUUUGAACUAUAUAUCACGUGACGCACAUCCUUUCAGUAUCCUGAAUUUUUACUUGCAUUCGGUGACACGGGCCAGUACUGAUUACAUCCAGGCUAAACGUGGACACGGACGGCGGCGGCGGUUAGCGGUAGCGGUUGUGGAUCACAGAUAACGAAUGUUGCCACGGCCUCUCGGCAGAAGUACAAUGCGGCUUAUAAUCUGUUUAGUAUUAGUGGCGUACGUCGCCGAGGCGGCAAAAAAGUUCGAGGGUACGCUAAGAUCAGCGGCUGAAGCGCCCGCGCAAGACAAUCUAGCCGUGGAAUCUGGAACUCCAGAACCAGUAGUGGUGGCCGCGCCACAAGAAUAUAAAAACCCAGGGGCACCACCGUCGCCGCCGCCUAAAAUUAUGCCUGAAGAUCCUGUGGAACCUUCAUCUACCGUCCCUGAAACAGCUUCAGGGGGUGUGCCUCCUUCAGCGCCCAGUGGCAUAUCAGCGCCGUCAGCACCAGCCAACUCAUUGGAAGAGUGCGACCCAGAAAUGAUAGGAUUUGAACUUGUGACUGGGUACGUGUUCUCGGCGCCGUCUCACAUACUAGACGACAUCCCCGGCACUCUCAUGUUGACCGACUGCCUGGAGCAGUGUCAGGCCAACGACACCUGCCGAGCAGUCAACUACGAGACCGGCCUGUGCGUGCUCUUCAGCUCUGACGCGGACCAAUUACCCGGUGCGCUGACAAAGUCUCAAUUCCCGGUAUUCACAAUUUACGCUCAGAAGUCCUGCCUUGGCGUGCGACCGUGUGAGCGCGCUUGGUGCUUCGACCGCGUUCGCGGCUACCACCUCAAGGGGCGCGGUAAGAGGACGCAUACCGUCGGCUCCAGGCAGAUGUGCCUUGAUCUCUGUCUUGGCGAGAACGAGUUUGUGUGCAGAUCGGCGAACUACAAUAAUAAGACUGGGGAGUGUGUGCUGUCGAACAUGGACCGUAUUACAUUGGCGGGAACCAACUCUUUCCAACCGAACGAGGAUACUGACUACCUGGAAAACAAUUGUGUAGAGGAGCCAACCAAAUUAUGCGAAUUCAAAAAGAUGAACGGCAGAAUUCUUAAGACAGUCGACUCUGUAUAUCAAGAUGUACAGACAGUCGAAGAAUGUAGAGAGUUAUGCCUAAAUUCUCCUUUCCGUUGCCACUCUUACGAUCAUGGAGAUACAGGAGACCAUGUGUGUCGUCUAUCUCAUCAUUCCCGCGCCACUCUUGCAGAUAUCCAGGAUCCAUACCUAGAAGUACCAGAAGCAGCUACGUUUGAACUGUCUUCAUGUUACAACGUCUCCAUUGACUGCCGUGCUGGUGACAUGGUUGCCAGAAUUCAAACAUCAAAGUUGUUCGACGGCAAGAUCUACGCUAAGGGCAGUCCCAAUUCUUGUGUUGUCGACGUCAAACAGAGUCUUGAAUUUGAGCUUCCUAUGGGAUACAAUAACAUCGAAUGUAAUGUGAAGCAAAAUGGACUUGGCAGAUACCUCAAUGACGUCGUUAUUCAACAUCAUGACACCAUUGUGACAUCUUCCGAUCUUGGUUUAGCAGUUACAUGUCAAUAUGAUCUGACAAACAAGACGGUUGCCAACGAAGUCGACUUGGGUAUUCGCGGUGACAUAAAAACGGGACUGACAGAGGAAGUGACUGUGGAUUCACCAAACGUUGCCAUGCGGGUUACAGACAGAAGUGGAGACGACACUAUCACUUCAGCUGAAGUCGGGGAUCCUUUGGCCCUUCGUUUCGAGAUCAUCGACCAGAAUUCACCUUUCGAAAUCUUCGUGCGGGAGCUCGUUGCUAUGGAUGGAGUAGACUCAAGUGAAAUUGUACUAAUCGACAGUGACGGUUGUCCGACAGACGACUUCAUUAUGGGACCAGUAUUAAAAUCGGCGCCAAAUGGAAAGAUGCUGUUGUCACACUUCGACGCUUUCAAGUUUCCCUCAUCAGAAGUUGUACAAUUCCGUGCCCUGGUCAGCCCCUGUAUGCCAAGUUGCGAGCCAGUACAAUGUGAUGGUGGCCCGAAUGAACUCCGCUCUGUCAUGUCCUACGGUCGCAGGAAGAGGCGCUCUACUCCUACUGCGCCCACUGAUGACAUGCUUUUAGUGCAAACAAUCCAAAUCACUGACAAGUUCGGAUUCGAUAAACAACGUGCCAAGAAUGUAACUGAAGACUCCGUGUACAUCAGAGAAACAGAUGUUACCUGUGUGAACGCAGCGGGAGCUAUGCUCGCAGCAGCUGUUUUCUUAGCAGCCCAACUAGUCGUACUAGCAGCUUGGACUUGCAGUUGGCAGCGCCGCCGUGCGGCUUCUAAAGCCGCAGAACUUCUUCCCGGACCUAACGCCCCCUCUGCCCUUUGCAAAGUCUACGAUGCCAGUUUCUCGCGUGCACACCAGAGGCACUUCUGAGUAAUUGCAGGUAUAUCGCUGCGUUAAGCGUCCGCAAUAAUAGUUUAUUUCGUUAGUUUAAAAACCCCCGUCGAGUCCCGGCUCGUAAGGCCGACGUUUUGCCAGAGUGACACGUCCACCUUUCACGAAGCGUAGGACAGCGAUAGCGGUUAUUUAAUGGUAGUGUCCGAAGGCUCCAGAGUCUUUCGCUACGUACGGGCGAGGAUUUUGGGAGCCCACACCUCGGAGGCGGGGACGACCAGAAGAGCGUGAGUGUCUGUUGAUGGAUGUGAGAGGCGACUUGGAGCCCAGUGUGAUAGUCCGUGGAAUGAAUGUUGUUUUGUUAGAGAACGUUCGCUUGUCCCCAUCUCUAGAGUUGUCGGCGGGACCGUGGCCGUGUGUCGUUAUCAAGAUCAUGUCGCUCAUUCGUUUAACUUUACGCUCGGAAAUCCUUCCGCGGAAGUCCGAGAACGUAUUGUACCAUAUUUGUUUUUAAAAGUAGCAUAAGCCUGAUUUUAAUUAUAGUGAUAAGUAAAAAGUAACAUUUCAGUACCUUGUAAGUAGAUAACCGAACGUGCGACCUAAGUCAAGAGACGAUGGAUUGACGGCCGUCCCGACAUCGUAACUUAUUUAAUUUAGAAUAGAUUCUUUUUACAUAAUUUAUAAUUGAGCAUUGAAUAAUAUCUAUUUAAUAAAUUCCUAAUAUAAAUGAAAUACCUAAACAAAUAGUAGCGUAUAAAAAAGACUUAAGAAUGUGCUAUGUCUCCGCAGUGAAAACUGAAAGUAUUUUAAUAUACAUACACCUAGUGCCUUAAAAUCUAGAUGUUAUUUUAAUAAAACCCUGUAAUCAUUUAUUCCUGAUUCAUCCGUCCAAAUUGUCAAUACCUAAAAUAAAUCACAAAAUAUA